GGAAGGAGCGAACACAUACUAGCUAGAUAGCCCUCGUGGGUGAACUCACACAUGUAAUACUGUGGUUUUACUUUCAAAGGUUCCAUUAAACAUUAUGUAUUAACUUGUGUUCGCUUUUCGUAUCCUCGGCUGGUCAUAUCUAGUUGCUUUUUUUGUAUAAUUCCAUGUUUUGUGGGCUCGUGCGGAACGUUAGCUAACGGUAGACACCAGGCGAGACGCUAGCUGUUAUCUCCUGAACCGGAUCACCUGUUGUCCGCAUGCACUCGUAUUGAUUUGCGGUAGAGUGUUUCAUGUUGCGAUCAUUUAGAAAGUUGUAAAACCUUUUUGCUGUGGAACUCGCUGCAGAGCCCUCGGUCGGAUCGUUCGAGGCCCACGGGAUGGCUGCUCCUGCGGCUGCAGCCGGACCAGGCUCCUCCAGGCGGACGGACAUGUACACUAAUGUGCAUCAAAACAAAGAGGAUUUGGACAGAAUUGCUGAAGCAAAUGAACUCUAUGAUGCUGUCUUGACUGGCUCAGUGGAUCAGUACCAGAGCGUCAAUAAAAGUCUUGCACCCGAGGAGAAUUCAGUUAAAGAGGAGCCACAAUUAACAGAUGGACAAACACAGAAAGGAGGGAAUUCAGAGAAGAGACUGUCGUUAUAUUUUGGAAAUUUCCCCUGGUGGACAUCUGACAAGGACAUCACAGGACUGGCCCAAAACCUGGGUGUGAGGGACAUCAAAGAGAUCAAAUUUGCAGAGAACAGAAUUAAUGGCCAGUCAAGAGGCUACGCGGAGGUGAUCGUGACCUCAGAAGAGUCAUUCAAAAUAUUGUUGGAAAAAAUACCCCAAUGUAAACUGAAUGGAGACAAGCUUGACUGUCGCUUUGCCACUCGACAGAACCUCAAUGUGUUUGAAGACAUAGCGAAUAAACGUAUGCCCCUUCGCGUGAAUUCCAAAGAUUCCAAGGAUGAUGCUUCAGAAAAAAUUCCUUCAUUAUUGUCACAGGAGCCCAUCCCUAUACCUCCACUUUUUCCACAACAUUCGCAUCAACACGUCUUUCCCUCAUUACCCAGUCCUUUCCUCGGUCACCCUCACCCACCACCUCAUCACCCACAUCCUCACCAACAUCCUCCGCCUCACCAACAUCCUCCGCCUCACCAACAUCCUCCCCCUCAUCAACAUCCUCCCCCUCAUCAACAUCAACAUCCUCCUCCUCAUCCUCAUCCUCAUCCUCAUCCUCACUACCCACAUAUGCCUCCAAACGUCCCACCACCCAUGCCACCCCCUUUAUUCCCUCCUCAUCCACCCCACAUUCAUAGCCAACCACCUCCUAGUCUUCAUAUAAAUCCAGCUUUCUUCCCCCCGGGACAAGACGGGCACAGCAGCAAAGCUUACAGCCAACAAAAACACACACCUAAAAGUACAGAUGGAGACUUUGAGGAGCUGAUGAACAGAAACAGAGCCGUUGCCAGCAGUGCCAUCUCCAAGGCUGUGUCUGGAGCAACAGCUGGAGACCUGAGGGUAGCGAUGGAGACUCUGUUAACUGCCAUUGCCAUCAUUAAGCAGUCCAGAGUGUACGGGGAUGAACGCUGUCAAGCCCUGGUCACCUCACUCAAAGACUGUCUGGUCUCUAUCCAGGGCAACUAUGGCUACAGGAGCAGCAGUCGUUCUGGGGACAAAGGAAGAGACCGCGACCGGGGUCGUGACAGGGAGCGAGAGCGAGAGCGCGAUAGAGUACGGGACCAAGAAGAUUCCUCUGGCUGGGAAGCUGCCGGAAUGUCUCGAAGACACAGAGAACGUUCCUGGAGUGGAGAGAAAGUCAAGGAGCGCUCACGGGAACGGGAAAGGCACAGAGAUCAUAGAGACCGAGACAGAGAUCGAUACCGCUGACGUGACAUGUCAUGAAGCAGAGGGAAGACAGGACAUUUUUUUUCUGCAUCAAGCUGUAUAAAUUUCUGGAGGACUCUAAGGUGAGACUGAAGAUUAAUCUCCAAGAAGUUCCGUACUUUUUGUGUUCUUCAGUCAUCUGUAUAUACUAGAAUUUUUUCUUGUUUUAAGAACAAAUGUGAUAGGUUUAGGGGAAUGUAGAUUUGUUGCUGGGACAUCAGUCCAACACUUGCAUGCAUUAAAUCACUGUAAUAAGUUAUGUAAUAUACAGUUAACAUUUUCAUCUUUCUUUUGUAAUAAAUCUGCAAAUUAAAGAACAUUUCCUGAAAA